AUGUCCUCCACCAACUCUUCCAACAUUCCUAGUAGCCUGUCCAACGUCAGGCACCUCAAAACCAGAGGCCGCCUAGCCAACCUCAAACUUUUCAAGUUCCGACCGACAACCGACCCAGUUCUUGUCCUACCCACAGCUCACUCGAGCACACGAUCACAAUCGACGUCCUUGAAGGAUAUCGGGCCGCAAAGAUGUCUGACAACAAGCAUGCAGCCAAAGGGCAGGAAGGAGGCCGUGAACGUCAUCAUGGGCAAGGAUGACCGUCUCCUUGUCGUUGUUGAGAAGACUCAGCCGUCUGAAGCACAGGAGACACCGAAGACAGGAUUCCGAGGAUGGCUUAGCCGAAACCCGAUCGACGACUCCAUCGCCAAGAUGCAAAGGGCAUUGGACAAGAAGUCGGUAGAGCCCGAGGAAACACCACACCAGCAGUCGGAGUCGGCCAAGGAGCCCGAAGUCAGGUUGACGAUUGAGGAAGUGGAGGAGGAAGAUGGUGCCAUGCUGAACAAGUAUAAGGUCACCGUUGUGAUGAAGAAGCCUCAUGCGUGA